GAUAACACACCGUCAAGGCUCUGACAAUACAUCCACAUACUCACACUGGACUGCACUGAAGCGCCCAACCUGUCCUUUUGGACUAACUUUUUUUGGAUACAGGAAUUAUUCUCUUGGAUGGACUAUUGACAUCUUUUAACCAUGUUUCCCCGGUUGUAUUGGAAGAAUUUCGGCCUCGGUUAUAUCCAAGUAAAAUGGAGGAUAGUUUUGAUUGCGACUGUGGCGAACUUGAGCCACCUGAUCAUUGAGGGUGACAGAUUCCUUUGAAGACUUAAAGGCCAGACUCAUUUUAAUUUUGCCAUCCGGUUAUAUGAUAGGAAAAAAAACAAUAAUUCAAAAAAUUAUAGAAAAAAAAAUAUAUAUAGACAGAUAAACAUUAAUAAAGGUUUAAAAAGAAGAAGAAAAAAAAGUGUGCAUAUAGGCACAUUUCAUAUGAAGCUGCUCAGGACCAGUUAUACACUGAAUGUAUCUGCACUGUGAGGAUGCAACUACAUGCUUUUAUAGUUUAACAUAGUCUCAGUGCUCCAUUUUCCUCAUUUUUUUCUUUCUUUAAAUUUAUCUCAAAGUCCAUUCCAUUGCAGUCUACAAACACUAAUUUAAUAUUUGUUUGGUCAGACAUAUCACCAUAUUGAGGGAAUAAUUCCUCUUUGAAAAAAAAGAAAAUUCCUCUGUAUUCAACAUGGAAAGAAAAGUUGAUUACAAAUUAGUCCCCUGCAUCUGACAGUGGCGGCUAGCCAGGGGGACUUGGUAGUUGUCUCUACAGGGGUUAGGUAGCUUGGCCUCUGAAGCAGAGAGGAAAUUAUCAGAUAAAUUCCUCUGUGUUACAGCUGGGCUUUUAACGGAGUCAGAGAAUAAGUGUGGGAAAUAGUAGAGGCUUGGCAUAAAGGCAAAACAAAGGAAAGGAAUCAUCAUGGCAGAGAAGUUUGAGUCACUAAUGAACAUCCAUGGUUUCGACUUGGGUUCUCGCUAUAUGGACUUGAAGCCUCUGGGCUAUGGAGGAAACGGCCUGGUGUUCUCAGCAGUCGACACCGACUGUGACAAGCAUGUUGCGGUGAAGAAAAUCAUCUUGACCGAUCCCCAGAGUGUGAAGCAUGCCCUUCGGGAAAUCAAGAUUAUCAGGCGACUUGACCAUGACAACAUUGUCAAGGUGUUUGAGACGCUGGGUCCCAGCGGUCGCAGGCUAACGGAGGAUGUGGUGUCGUUGACUGAGGUCAACUCGGUCUACAUCGUACAAGAAUACAUGGAGACUGACUUGUCUCAGGUGCUGGAGAGGGGGGCUCUCUCUGAGGGCCAUGCCAGGCUCUUCAUGUACCAGCUCCUACGGGGCCUCAAGUACAUCCACUCUGCCAACGUACUGCAUCGUGAUCUCAAGCCUGCCAACCUGUUUGUCAACACAGAAGAUCUGGUACUGAAGAUCGGAGACUUUGGCCUGGCCCGCAUCAUGGAUCCCCACUACUCUCACAAGGGCCACCUCUCUGAAGGUCUCGUCACAAAGUGGUACAGAUCUCCUCGUCUGCUGCUCUCUCCAAACAACUACACUAAAGCCAUCGACAUGUGGGCCGCUGGCUGUAUGUUUGCUGAGAUGCUCACAGGGAAAACCCUCUUUGCAGGAGCCCAUGAACUAGAACAGAUGCAGCUGAUCCUCGAGUCCAUCCCCGUACUGCGAGAGGAAGACCGACAAGAGCUCCACAGCGUUAUCCCUGUCUUCAUCCGAAACGACAUGUCAAAGCCCCAGACACCGUUGGCCAAGCUGCUGCCUGACAUCAGUCCACAGGCUCUGGAUUUUCUGGAGAAGAUCCUCACCUUUAAUCCCAUGGAUCGUCUGACUGCAGAGGAGGCCCUGGCCCACCCCUAUAUGGCUGACUACUCCUUCCCCCUGGACGAGCCUGUCUCUCUGCACCCCUUUCAUAUUGAGGAUGAAGUAGAUGAUAUCCUGCUCAUGGACCAGAGCCACAGUCAUACUUGGGACAGGUAUCAUGAGAGUCAGUUCUCGGAGGCUGACUGGCGCUUGCACAGCACACACGACCCAGAUGAAGUUCAGGUCGACCCAAGGGCCGUCUCUGAUGUCACAGAUGAGGAGGAGGUCCAGGUUGAUCCACGCAAAUAUGCUGAUGGCGAUCGAGAGAAGUUCCUGGAUGAGCCGUCUUUUGACUACUCAGCUUUGUUUCCAUCAGAGCGAUCUUGGCAGGAUGACCAUCACGAGAACAAAUACUGUGACUUGCAGUGCAGCCACACCUGUAACUAUAAGGCUGUGUCCCCCUCCUACCUGGACAACCUCAUCUGGAGGGACAGUGAAGUCAACCACUACUACGAACCCAAGCUCAUCAUCGACCUCUCCAACUGGAAGGAGCAGCAAAGCAAGGAGAAGGCGGAUCGCAAGGCCAAGAGCAAGUGCGAGAAGAAUGGGCUUGUAAAGGCCCAGAUUGCACUAAAGGAAGCAGAGAAGACCCAGGGUUUGGAGAAGGACAACGCACAGGAGAAACACCAGACAGAGAGGCCACAGAGCCAGCAGAACCAAGGCUUUGACUUUGACUCGUUCAUCGCCAGCACCAUCAAACUGAGCCUGCAGCCAGAGCCCUGUCCGGAGGUGACCCUGCUCAGUGAGGUGGGUCUUCUGAACGAGCUCAACUUUUCCGUUUCCCAACUUGAGGCUCCUCGCUCAAGCUCUAUGUCAAAGACCAUCAGCCAGGAAAAAGAGGAGAAGUGCCUGGUAAACCUGGCCCAGUUAGGUACAGGAGGCUUGGGAGUUGUUGCCGGGGAGUGCGUCUGGCCCGCUUGUCCCUGGGAGAACUUGGGAUCCGGAGAGGGAGUCGGGGAGACUGGCUGUUUAAUAGAUGAGGCGUGCUGGGCCAUUCGCAAAGAGGACCACUUCCAGAAGGAGAGCACUUACACCAGCUACCUGGACCACUUGUUCAGCCGGAAGGAAGAGGGGGUGGCGGAGACUGUUGUCAGUUCGGAGACGGAGCACUCCGUGGUGAAAGAGUUGGAUGACGGCUUCCUUGACAACACAGAGAUCGUGCUGAAUAUGCAACUGGAUUCUCUGGCCCUGCCAGGCUUUGACAGCCCUGAUGACUUGCCUCUAAAAUCCAUCCAGGCAUCCCUGACCCCUUGUGCUGUCAAAUGCUCCCCACAAAUAGCCCCCAAAACUUACAGCAGCAUCCUUAAGCAUCUUAAUUAAUGACCAUGUAUAUAUCCUUCCUCACAGUGCAAAAUCUAGACAGUUUUGUUUUUAUUUUAUUUUUUUAAUAUGGUAUGUUAUCGUACUUGAAUCAUUUCAUACCUUUUUUUUAUUAUAGUUAUCAUCAUUAUUGUUUUUUCUUGGAGUUGAGAGGGGUGAUUUUAUUAUUUAAUGAGUUUGGCCAUCACUUUGAGCCUUUAUCACCGGGCCUUUGUGAGUUAAUGUCUAUGCCCUCAUUUGUAAACUGGCAUGUCAACCGCAUACACAAGUACUGUAGAUAAGAGAAGGGUGGAAAAGAAAAACCUUGAAGAAAGAUGAACUGUGGGAGGUGAUUGAAAAGAUGAAGCUUGGCUUUUUGGGGUGUGACAUUACUCUAACCUCUAACAUGGGCUUUUUAAGUGCUUUAAAACGGCCCUUCCUGCGACGGGUUAAACGUGUGUGUGGGGGGGAGCAGGGUGGGUGACCCCCCCCUCCCUUUUUUUUUCUUUUUGCUAACUAUCUUUUUUUUUUUUUUUCUAAACUAUCAUUUUCCCCAAAUAAAGCUUCCUAAGAACCCUUUCAUACUGCAAAUUUGACACAUGAUGCCAGCAGCAACCAUUAUCGUAGGCGUUAAUGUAAAUGUGUUAUCUACCUCAAGGUAACAGCCGUGAGAGACACUCAUAAAGCCGCACUAGUGCUUUACACACGUGACCAUCCUCAUACCGUGAAAUGAAGUGGUCGCAUAUAUGAAAUCUGUCUCACUUUAGCAUUUAACAUAGUGAGGUGUUUCAGUAAUCAUUAUUUAUUUCUAGCAGAUGUGCGCUAUUUAUUUUAUGGAAAUGUGUUAUUUCAAUGUGAUUAUUGAAGAUUGAGGAGUUGGACAUAUACUUCCUUUUUCAUUUCGGCACCAAAAGAGUGUGCAAGUGUUCCUCUGUUUUUUUUUAAGGUAGAAUGCAAAUUCAUGUGUUCUGUUCUAAAAGAAGUGUAGGCUUUCCAUUUCCAUCAAUAUUCUUCUAUGACAUUGUUUUUUUAUUUUUAUUAUGUACUGGCGCAUUCUGUCAUUAGUGAAAAAAAAAAUCCUGUAUGGUUUAAAGAGGCGCCUCAAAGUCUUAAUUUUUUUUUAAUGUGGAAAACUGUGCAUGGAGGCAACAGAAAGGUACAACAAAAGUAAAGUCACGGUGAGUGUAAUGUACGUCACUUUUAAUUGUUUUUUUUUUUUUUCUUUUGUACUUUUUUUUUCUCCUCCCCAGGCAAGCAUGAUAAAUUAGGUGAAGGUGUAGCAUGUAGAACAUUCAAGGCCUUUUUUUUUUUUUUAUUUUUAUUUUUUUUUAAAUCAUUGGUUCACCUGUUCUACAAAAUAUCUUAAAAUAAAAAUUACUGGCAAAAAGUU